CUCCGUCUGUUUCCCUCGCUCGAAAAAAAACACAAACAUUUGGUAUCGACCUCUUUCCCUCAUCGCUCCUCUGGAUUCUCCUGCUUUACGAGCUCACCGGGAUGCAGCGUUUGACCCUGUUGGUGAUCUGCCUCCUGGGUCCUGCAGUGCAGGAAGCCCAGAGUCAGUGCCCCGAUCAGUGCAACUGCCUCCCCAACCUGCAGCAUGUCAUCUGUGACAAUAAGGGACUGAAGGAGAUCCCCCAGGUGUCAGAGAGCACCAACCUGCUGAAUCUGCAGAGGAACAGCCUGGGCAGCAUUCCUGCGGGGGCUUUCAGUGAGAGCAAGGGGCUCAUCUCCCUGCACAUGCAGCACUGCCAGCUCACAGAGAUCGGAUCGCAGGCCUUCAAGGGACUGAAGAAGCUCACCUACCUCUACCUGUCCAACAACGAGAUCAGCAGCAUCAAGCCCGGCGCCUUUGAGGACCUUACUAAGCUGACCUACCUCUACCUCGAUGGGAACCAGAUCAGCAGGCUGGCUAAAGGCAUCUUCUCCCCCAUGAUCAACCUUUUCAGUCUGCAGCUCAGCAACAAUAAGAUGCGGGAUCUGCGACCGGGAACCUUUGCAGGAGCCAAGAACCUGCGCUGGCUACACUUGAGCGGGAACGAGCUGCAGACCCUGCAGCCAGGCUCUCUGGAUGAUGUGGAGAACCUCGCCGUCUUUCACCUGGACGGCAACAACUUAUCCACCUAUCCCAGCGCAGCGAUGAGCAAACUGCGAGUGGUGGAGGAGCUCACACUGGGGGGGAACCCCAUGAAGACCAUCCCAGACUACGCAUUCCAGAGCUUUGGACGCUACAUGGAGAGACUUCACCUGGACAACAUGGGCUUGGAGAAGUUCUCCGAUGAUGCGUUUAAUGGCGUGACAGCUAUCAAGUCGCUUCACCUGCACAACAACAGGCUAAAGGGUCUCCCCAAAAGCCUCAAGUUUGGCACCAUCACCAACAUGACGCUCCUCAACAACCCAUGGAACUGCUCAUGUCAGCUGCAUUCACUACGCAAGUGGCUGGACUCCAUCGAGAGCCGUCCAGACGCCGUCUGUGCGACGCCACCUUCUCAGCGCGGCAAGCAAAUCACCAACAGCACCAGCAUGAGACGCUGCAAGGAGAAGCCUAAGUUACCCAAAAGACGUCAGCAGCACUGAAGUCCAGGAAACAGCAAAGAAAAGCCUGCGCUGGUGACCGGCUACAACAAGUAAAAAAUCUCGGCUGUGCUUUCAAACUGUCCGUCAAUUCAUCUGCAACACUCAUGAUUAUUUCACACAAACGCAGCAAGAAAUUC